GCUGUGGUGAAGCGUCUAGAUACGAGAAAUCUACAAGCAGCCAGCCUGUUGAAUACAGUUAAUAUACAGAUAAUGACCUCAUUUCAGCCAUGUUAAGAUUCAGCUUCAGGAGGGAGAAGGACAACGAGUUUAAGCAUAUAGCUCAUGGUUUGAUCCCUGCUGCCUCCAUUGCCCCCAAGCCUGCUGUGCCUCGUACCCCGCCCCCACGCAGCCCAAACCCCUCACCUGAGAGACCCAGAUCGGCCUUAGCAGCAGCCAUCUUGUCUUCAUCGCUCACUGGACAGCCAUGGGCCAUCCCCCCCUUCAGGCCGAGGUCUUUCUCUGAGAGUGGCCGAUCAGAGUCCUUAAUAUAUGAACCAAACAUCAGCACAGAACUUUUCAACAGAGACAGAUGGUCAGAAGAUUUGGGCAGUCGACCACGCCUGUCCUCCCCUGACCACUCAGAAGAGGAGUUGGAAGAGGAGGUGGAAGACAAGGAAGAGGAGGUGGAAGAGGAGGUGGAGAGUGAAGAGGACAGGGAGGAACAUGUUUACCAAACUCUUGGCAGAGAGGAGAAAUGUUCAAUCAAAGAACCUAUCUAUUCUGUGCCACUAAAACCUAAGACCAAUACACCCCAGCUCAGUCAGAUGUCUGGCAGAAGAGCGCCUUCUCCAGAUCUCCCUGAGGAAACCAGUAUCCAUUGUCCCGAAGCCAGCGGCGAUUCUUCCAAGAAGAAAGCCUCUGUCAGGAAGGGCCCUGGAAGUUGGGAAGAUGUGCCGUGUGGGUCCGAGGUUGCCAUCUUAACCACUGAGCAACCCAGCCAAGCCAAAAGCCAGAAUCACCCCGGCCAGCGGUCUCCAAAACUCAGCAAGGCAUUCAAUGAGGUGCAGACAGAGGUUGCAUGGGCCUUGCCAGUGAAGGACACAAGGAUGGUAGAUGAACAAAAGCUUCUGGAGAAGAGACUGCAACGGCUGGAACAGGAGAUCAGUCACAGCAAAGCCUCCUCUAACCCAAGGACAUCUGCAGGCAGCCAGGCAGAGCUAAUGAAUCUGAGGCUACAUGCUCAGGAGCUGGUGGAUGAAAAUGACGCCCUCAAAUUGACAGUACACCGUCUGAAUGUGGAGCUGAGCCGCUACCAAACCCUCUUCAGACCAUUGUCCAAACAGGAGAGCUCAAGAAUCAGCGGCUUACCAAAGACAGGGUCUCCUCCUCCCUGGCUGCUUGACAUGAAGUAUUUAUCUCCCUUGGUGCUGGCCUAUGAAGACAGGGUGAACGAGAAAGAUGCACUUCUGCAAACCACUGAGGAGGAGGUGAAGAGGUUGCGUGUUCAUGUUGAGGAAGUAAUCAAAGAAAAUGAGAGACUCCAUGAUGAAAUUGCGAAGAUCGGAGGGGUCAGCCAGAAAAAAUGUCAUCAGCUACAACAACAGGCCCUUCUGGUUUUGCAGGAGAACCAGGUUCUGAUUGAUCAGCUCGAGGCUCAGCACGUUAAGGCCAAGGCCAGCCACAGCAGACACCAUACUGAAGUUUCCAAAGUGUCGAAGAAGCUGAUGUUGUUGGAGGCGGAAAAUGAGCGUUUGCAGGAGGAACUGGAAGAGAGCAGGAGAGAGUGUCAGAAAAAUGGAAGGGAGGUACAAGUGCUGCAGGCCCGUCUCAAGGAUGCCAUCACUUGGGACGAACACUGCAACAUAGCUGGGAAACUCAGGCGACAAUUGGAGCAGCAGGAGAGUAGGAAUAAGGGUGAGAUGGACGAGUUACUUCUCAGAUUGUCCAGCCUGCAGGAGGAGAAUAGGAGUCUGGCUCUGGACAAGGCCAACCUGACUGCUGAAAAAAAAAGAAUGGAGGCUGAGCAGGAUCUCACCAGACAGGCCAACAGGAAGGCAGAGAGGAGGAUGAGUGUGCUCAAGAGACAGAAGGAAGAGUGUGUGUUGAAAGAGGAAAAGACUCGGCAUUACAUGGGAGCUGUCAUUUCUGUGGCUGAGCACAUUUCCCUGGAGAGAGACCAACUUUUACAAAUGGCUUCGGUUCUUCAGCAGGAAAAGGAGGGAUUCGUCAGCCGGAUCCUGAAUGGCACCAUUCGAUUCGGCAAGCUACAGGAAGAAGUCAAAGUGUACCGGAGGCAGGCGUCAACUAGACUGGCAGUGUUGGAGGAGGCAGCUGAGGGGAGGACAGCUUCUUACCAGAGCGAGAUCCUUCACCUGCAGAGGCUGCUAAAAGAAAGACAGGAGGCUGAGGAGAGACUGCUGCAGUCCAAACGGGAAGUAGAGGAAGACUUGGAGGUGGUGUGGCAGGCAGCAACCAGGGAGAACCAACAUAUGCGAGAGACUCUUUUGGGCUCCAUGCUCAAUGUGGACCUCCACGGCAGCCCCUCUCCUGGCCGGCCUUCUCAGGCUCCAGAUGAGGCCGCUGCAGCCAUCCAGAGAAGGUCCAUAUUUAAAUCGGACUCAGACCACCAAAACAACCCCUUGGACGAGAGGAAUAAGCAUGGGCUGGAUUUCUAUUGCUAAGAUUCUUGAAGCCAUAAACAAUAGGUGUGUCCACUCAUAAUGGCAAGAUAGACUGUGUAAAUAACUACAUUAGUUACAGUCCUGAACAUGUCAAUGCUAGAUAAUUUGCCAGGUUGACUUUGUUUCGCAGAUAAAGUAUGUACAUUGAAGGGCAGCCAAUAGUAGUCUGGGUAAGUUUCCUUAAAACUUUUUUUGUCCUGCAAAGAAACUUGGUUUGGACACAAGGAUUGCAGUAAAACACAUAAAACAUUGGAGAAAAAACAGCAUAAUGAGACAUGGUGUUUAACACAAACUAGUUUAGACAGCUUGGCCAAAUAUAUAGCUGACAUCAGGCUGGGCAGUCAGAAAGACUGCCAAGAUGUAAAGAAGUUUUAUAAAGAUUUUUUUAUCUAUUAUUGUAUUUUCAAAUUCGUCUCAGGGUUUUAUAGACCAGGCCAACUAGUAUAGUAGAUUAACAGGUGCACCCAAUAGUGGAGAAAGUUCUAGUAUUUAGCUUGAUUAAGGCUAUUGUCCUUAAGAACAUAGCCAAUGUUGCCAUCUGCUGGUCACAUAUGAUGAUGGUAUUUUCAUUGUCACGGUUGAAAUGUAACAUGGUACAGAACAGGCCGACAUGGAAAGGCUACAGGUAACGUAGGAUGUUUAAAAUGAUCUCAAUGACAAGGAUACUGUUGAUGAUAUUUCAAAGCAUAUCCUGAAAAGGUGUUAAGAUAAAACAAGUGUUUGUGCACAAAGCAAUGCACAUAUAAUAAUACCUGCUUGGCUCUAUUUUCACAUUAUUAUGAUAACAACCCUUUUUUCAUCUAUCAGAUUAUAUUU